AUGGUCUUCAUCAUCUCCCUGUUCUUCUUUUGCCUCGGCAUAGCCGCCAUCGCCUUCCUUCACUUUCUCGCUGCUGGCCGCCGCCGCUCCUCCCUCCUCUCCAUUGAUUCCCCAUCAACGGCAGUAUCCUACUCGCCGGAGGAGAUCCAGAAGUCCCUGCCGGGGGCCAAUUACACAGGCGGUGGAUCGUCGGAGAAGGAGUGCGCGGUGUGCCUGGAGAACUUCGCCGCUGGCGACUGGUGCCGGAGCCUGCCGGCGUGCCGCCACAUGUUCCACGCCAGCUGUGUGGACAAAUGGCUGGUGAAAGCGGCCAAUUGCCCCGUUUGCCGGACGCGAGUGAGGCUGGAUCAUGGGUCUAUCCGUUCGGAUAUGGGCGACGACGAACGCGAUCUUCUGUGGGCAAUUAGGGUUUGA